AUCUCGUGAUGCAGGACGCCGUACCAAAUGGAACACAUCCAUAAAACCUGGACCCCAGAUGGUUGCAUAAUGCCUCUACCCAAUUUAGCAUCAAAGACUGUAGUAUGCACUUGAUUGCCUAGCCACUAGCCCACUAGUCCACUACCCUUGCCUCUACAGAUCAAGCUAUGGUCCAGCAAAAUCUGAUCUGAAUCUGGCUGCCUCCCUUUACAGACAUCAUUGCACACAGCUUGUCCCCUGUCAACUUCUAUUAAGUCUCACAUCUCUAUGCCUAUAUAUUCAGGGGCCAAGACAACAUCACUUCAUCAACAAACUCACAGACUAAGCAUUUCUGAGCAACAUACCUCCGAACCAAGAACACCCAGCCAUGACCAUGAUCCACCCCAAGAGACUUGCUCAGUUGGUGAGGAAGUGGCAAAGGGUCAAGCAGGUAGCAUCCAGAGACGACGAAGUAUGCUGCACGACAUCGCCAGUCGCAGAUAAAGGUCACUGUGCCAUCUACACGGCUGAUGGGAGGCGGUUCGAGGUCCCGUUGGAGUAUCUCGGCACGACAGUAUUUGGCGAGCUGCUAAGGAUGUCCCAGGAAGAGUUUGGGUUCACAUGCGACGGCAGGAUAACACUGCCCUUUGAUGCAGCAGUGAUGGAGUAUGUCAUGUGCUUGCUCAGUAGAAAUGCAUCAGAGGAAGUAGAGAGGGCGUUACUGAGCUCUGUAGUGAUGCCUUGCCAAUAUCUAAGUUGUACGGUGCCACAUGUAACGCUGCACCAGCAGCUUGCAGUUUGUAGCUCCUGAAUAUAUUCAGAGUGUUCCGCUCA